AAUUACUUGCUAGCAAUGUUGAAGCUUGGGUACUAGUGACCGCGCGAGGCCUCGGUCGUUCUCUCACCGCCAUCUUCGCUUUAAGGCUUCAGCCAUGAAGACCAUUUUGGCCUCCGAAACGGUCACAAUACCGGAUAAUGUGGAAGUCAAGGUGAAAAGCCGUGUGGUAACAGUCACUGGUCCUCGGGGAACCCUGAAAAGAAACUUCCGCCACUUGAGGCUUGAGUUGACCAAAGUUGGCAAGGACAAAGUUCGCGUUGAUGUGUGGUUUGCCAGCCGCAAGGAGCUGGCGUGUGUGAAGACUAUCAUCACCCACAUUGAAAACAUGAUAAAGGGUGUCAUUUACGGGUACAGAUAUAAGAUGCGUGCUGUAUAUGCCCAUUUCCCCAUCAACAUUGCCAUCCAGGAGAAUGGAACCCUUGUAGAGGUCCGUAACUUCUUGGGUGAAAAGUAUGUCCGCAGAGUGCGCAUGCGUCCAGGUGUGAUUUGCAACAACCAGACUGGUACAAAGGAUGAGAUCAUCAUUGAGGGAAAUGACAUUGAACUCGUAUCCAACUCAGCUGCACUCAUCCAGCAGUCUACCAAGGUAAAGAACAAGGAUAUCCGAAAGUUCUUGGAUGGUGUUUAUGUAUCAGAGAAGACCACCAUUGUACCAAUGGACUAAGUUGUGUUGCCACAUGUCUAAUAAAAUUGAAUACCAGAAGUG